AAAACAAAAACAUUAGAUGAGCGCUAGGCGUUGAAGCCACCCCCGCAGACCGAGUGACGAAUGGAUCGUUCCACAGUAGGUGGGUCUUUCCUGCGGGCAACAGAACGAAGAUCAAUGAACCAGGCGAUUUACCGAAACUGGUUGGACGGGCCGAGGUGGGAAUAAACCAUCGACACGGUAAUAUUUUUUUGUUUGGCACGUCAAACCCUCCAAAUACCGAUUUUUUUUUUUCGGGAGCGACCGACACCAGAAGAGUGCGAUGUGGAAAAAAUACAGUUCUACUGUAGCCUAAUAGACCACUGAAUUCUUUUUGUACGGACAUAUUCUUUUAUUCAGCGCUGAAUCAACGACGAAGGAAUUAAUGAUGAUCUUUGCAAACACCGCCAAUCCAGUGAGGACACCUUAUCGAAAGCAGCCUCCUGUUGCACCGCCCACUCUCCCGAUGGCUCCACCCAGCCCAAGCACCAAUAGCAGCACGAAUAACAGCAGCAGCAACAGCAGCACGACCGGAUGGGAGCAGCUCAGCAAAACCAACCUCUACAUCCGCGGCCUGCCUCCAUCCACCACCGACCACGACCUUGUCAAACUCUGUCAGCCGUAUGGAAAGAUUGUCUCCACAAAAGCCAUCCUGGACAAGACCACAAACAAAUGCAAAGGUUACGGUUUUGUGGAUUUUGAUAGUCCAUUGUCAGCACAGAAAGCUGUGGCAGCGCUAAAAAACAAUGGCGUUCAAGCUCAGAUGGCCAAGCAACAGGAACAGGACCCGACCAACCUGUACCUGUCCAACCUGCCAGUGUCCAUGGACGAGCAGGAGCUGGAGAACCUCCUCAAGCCCUUCGGACAGGUCAUCUCCACCCGCAUCCUCAGAGACGCACACGGUGUGAGCAGAGGAGUAGGCUUCGCCAGGAUGGAGUCUACAGAGAAGUGUGAUGCCGUGAUCUCUCACUUUAACGGGAAGUUCAUUAAAUCCGCGUCUGGAAUGCUGGGCGCAUCAGAGCCACUGCUCUGUAAAUUCGCUGAUGGAGGACAGAAGAAGCGACUGAGUCAGACUAAAUACGUCCCUAACGGACGAAACUGGACACGGGACGCCGAGAGUGGGAUAACAUUGACCUAUGACCCUAAUGCUGCUGCGCUCCAAAAUGGGUACUACGCCCCUCCCUACAGCAUGGGGAACAGGAUAAUGACCCAGACUGCUGUGUCUCCCUACAUCUCACCUGUCUCCACUUACCCGGUUCAGAGUCCCUCCUGGAUGACACAUCAGCCUUACAUUAUGCAGCAUCCGGGAGCUGUGCUGUCGCCCUCUAUGGAGCACCCCAUGUCUCUGCAGCCGUCCUCCAUGUUGGCUCCUCUGACCCAGCAGAUGGGCCACCUCUCCUUAGGCGGCACUGCCACUUUUAUUCCGGCAAAUACACCUAUGCAAGGAGCAUAUAUUCCUCAGUAUGCUCAUAUCCAACCCGCUGCCAUCGCCACUGAGGAUCCCAGCGUGCAGCCACAGGAUGUGAACUCCAGCGAUCCCUCCACCUACCCAUUCCAACCGAACAAGCAAUAAAAGGGUGAGGAGUUUGGAGGCGGAGUCAAAAGAGGGCUGCUACGACUUACAGGCUUAUCUUCCUCGUUGAGGAAGUGACAUCACAGAGGAAAAGACACGUUUUUUUGCACAGGUUCCAAAAAAAAACCCACACAAAACAAAACAAACAAAAAAAACGCAGAAGUCCACGGUUUAAUCAACUCCGACAACCUCAAAGACCCGCAGCAGGUGCAUCAGCAACCAAAACAAUGCAACUCAUCACAGAAAGACAGACAGGCACGGCAGAGAAGUAGACGUUUUAUUUUGCUAAUGAAAAGGAAACAAGACGAACGCUUAUUUUUUACCAAGGACUUCGGCACAGACCAAAGUCUGUGAACACUGGACUCCAAAAAAAAAAAAAAUGCAGUGUGCUAGUACCUUUAGAUGCAUGAGAGGACUUUUUAGUAUGGUUUUUAGUGUGUUUUUACUGACCGUUUAUCACACACACAUAAACACACACACACACAAACACAAGAAAAGAAAAUUUGCUGUGGUAGUAGCAAUGGGGAGGUUUCUUUUUUGCUUUUGUCUUCCGCACUUUGCCUUCUUGGUAUGUAGUAACAGUAAUUUGCCUUGUAAAUACUGUAGAGCGGGGUUUUAGAUGAUAACGCUCCACGGCUGUUGUUGCUCUUCUCUCCUGUCUGUCAAAGCGGAUAAUUCACACGCUUUACUCUAGGCUGUUCUCCAAAUGCAGGUCGUGUAAAGUGUGUGUGCGUGUGUCACGGGAAAGACGAAUUCUGCUGUCCUCCUUCUGCCUUCUUUUUUCAGUCAAACUCGAUGUGGUAGUUGUAGAUGAAGCUGUUGUUAGUUUGGGAGGGGUGGUUAUAGUGGGUGGGGUUAUGGAAUGUGGGGCGGGGCUUGAUGGGUGAAGAACGGGAGUAUAGAUGAUAGUGGAAGCGCUCGAGCUUGGGGAGAUACACCGUUCGUUAUUAGUAGUAGUUUUUCAGAGAGCAGAUUAUGAUGCUUUUUGUUUUGUUUUUAUUCAAUGGCAGUUUUUCUUCCUUUUAUGUUUGAACACAGUGUGUAGAAAUUUCUUGUACUGAGAGGCAGAAGUGCAAUGUUUCUUUAGCUAGAAAGCAAGAGUUGUACAGAACAAGAGUAAAAAAAAAAAAAAAGAGGGAGAGAGAGAUCCAUUUUUAUAACGAAUUCAAUCAUGGGGAGGUAAAUCCUGGAUUUUUUUCUGUUUUGUUUGCGAUUUUUCUUCCGCAGUUAUCCCUCCAGUUCAUGGCAAUAUUAAGGGCUGCAGCUGUCAAUCAGAAGCGAAUCUAAAAUGCAGUGACUUUAGAAUUGAAUCAGAAAUGCAAUUCUGUUAUAAACAGAGCGUGAGAGAGCGGAUAGGGUUCGUAGAGAUAGGAAUAAAUCGGAAAACGGCGGCCAAGAAGCUCUUAGGUGUUCAAUUUAAGAUCCUGCAGAGAAAAGAAUUAAGGCAAUAAAAAAAAAAAAUAUAUAUAUAUAUAUAUAUAUAUGUAAAGCAAGGCAAUUCAGAUACUUUCCACCAAAGACCAUCAAAAUGUUCCCAUUGGUAUAGACUAACGCUAAAGGAGCAGGUGUAAGCUUGAUAUAUGUGGAUAUUUGGAAAUUGUGCCUUUUUUGCCAACUCGGUUAUGAUUAAGUUUGUAUUUACUUACAGGCUCAGACAUGAAGGAUCUGAGAAUAAGAAGAAAUGCGCGAAACGCUAAACUAAUCAAAGGCUAAUGAUGCAGAUUCGAAAGCGGCUUUGGUUUUCACCUAGAUAGUUCCAACGGAGUCACGUUUCGUUUCGUUUCCUUUCGAGUUUUUGCAGCUGUUUUUCUUUUGAUGUCCAGGUCAGCUUGGCCGUCGAUCUACCUCAGAGUUGUAUCUGUUGUCUGAUUGGUCAGGUUUGCAGGUCUAUCCUGCCCAAUCAGGAGGAAAAACACCAGCUCUGGAGCUGGGAUCAUACAGGACUUCACAUUUUAACACAUCUGUUCAUCCACUUCUUCAAAAGGAAACAUUUGUGGUUUUAUUCGUGUCUUUUUGUUUUGUUCUUUUUUCUUUUUCUUUUCUUUUUUUUCUUGUAUUUUGAUGUUCUGCAUUUGGCCAUCUGGAAAGUUCUUUAAAAAAACAACAAUGUGGGCCUCUUUGUUCUGAAAAAGCUGUGGCGGUUUUGACAAGCCUGUGUGACUGCUUUGAAAAGAAUUUUUUUAUGACUAUGUUUGAUGAAAAGAUGAAUUAUGUUCUGUAUCCAAACAGAUCGCAAGCUCUACCGGGUCGCUGCAGUCUCGCUCAGUUUACCGAGGCUUAAUCGAAGCAACCAAAGUAACACAUUGUCAUUGUGAGAAGUAUCUCGAUGAGGGACGUUUGUUUUGGGGGGUUUUUUUUGUUUUGUUUUUUCAGUUUCACCUGGCACAAUCUUUCAUGUCAACAUUGAGCGAUUAAAGGGAAAAAAUGGUUCAUGAAGCAAAGAAAUGCUACACAGGUUUCACAGAAACGGUGACACUUUCUUUUUAUAUUGCUUCAUUGUACACAUGCCACACUUUUGUCAGUGGUAACUUGUACGUCCGACAAUAACACCAACAACAACAAAACCUGCUCCUGUGUUUUGUUUCUAUUCUUCAACCUGUCAAUUAUUAUUAUUAUUUUUUUUAAUUUAAAUGCUUUUUAUCUUUUAUUUCUAUGAUGAAUUCCUCUGUGAAAAACUUUUGAAUUAAAGACAGAGCUGAAACCUG